GCGACUGUCACUUUUCUUCAAAGAAAAUGGUGAUUUUUUAAAACGCUUCUAAAUGUAAAUUUAAGGGAUGUAGUGCUAAAAUUUGUAGUGUUUUAAGUGACUGAACUGAUCUAUUGCAAAUUUAAAGUGUUUUUAGUACGAUUUUUACGAUGAUCGAUGUGAAUUCGCCAAUUUACACUCAAGAUGAGACCAACAAUAACGUAAGGAUCACAGCCGCCGUCUAUGAUUUGCCUUUUUCCAGGCACAAUUGGCAAUUUUUUUUGGACGGCACUAACAUGCAAGAAAUUAUUCCCGGCCUAUUUUUGGGCUCGCACUCCUCUGCCGAAAACCACUGCCUAAAUUUACUACUACGCAACGACAUAAAGUACAUAAUUUCCGUGGGCCCCGACUUGGAAGCCCACUUCGUAAUACCCCACUUCGCCGAACACAACAUAACCUAUCUAACUCUGGACAUACAAGAUCACGAAACCGAGAACAUAAUCCGAUUUUUCCCGAGGGUUAAGGAGUUUAUAGACGAAGCCAUUUCCAAGAGCUGCAAAGUUUUGGUGCGCAGCAAAUCGGGGAAUUCCCGGAGCGCCACCUUGGUCUUGGCCUACGUGAUGGAAAAGUACGGACUCAGCAGCGAGGAUGCAUACAACUUUGUAAAAGGCAAAAGGGCCUCCAUAAGCCCCAACGAGGGCUUCGUGGCCCAACUGACGGAAUAUGAGCCGAUUUACAAAGCCAGACAAAGUUUAAACCAAGGAGAACCGUCUAGUGAGAACCGAAGGCAAAAAAGAAAAUGCGAACAACUCACUGAAAACUUUGAGUAUGAUUUGAUUCAGCCACCGCCAAGUCCCAACAACCUUGAGAAUAACAAUGACGACCAGUGUCAAAAUAUAGAGGAUUUUUCAAACUCGCUGUACAAACUUUUGUUGAAGCGAUAAGUGUUCUAAUUUUGUGUUUUUAAGAUCUCAACUCAUUUCAUUUCAGAUAUUUUUUUUGUUUUUUUUAUUAUAAUCAUCACAACUUGUUACGCAGCUUUACAGAAUUUGAUUGAUUUUAUUAUCAAAAAUGUUUGGGUUUUAUUUUAAAAAUUUAUAAUUUGAAUGAAAAUUUAUUUUUGAUUUCUGUUAUUUAUUAAAAACUAGUCAUUUAUGUUUUAUUUGUUCAUUAUCACAUGCAGGUCGGGUAAAAACUACUCAAAACUUAACUAUUUUUUACUCCACCUGCAUACAAAAUGUAUUGUUUUAAUUUUAAGAACUGUAAAUACGAAUUUUAUUAAAGUUAGUUUAGUAAAAAAAAUGUCGGAACUAUUUUUAUACUUUUGUAAUAUUUAUUUCUUCAAUGUGAAAUAAAUAGAUUGUUAAAAAAACUGCACUUUAUUUAGUAUUAUUCUUACCAGAGGUUUACUUCUC